GCGGCGGGAGAUUCGUGCGGGGCCGGCGGCGGCCCCUGGCAGGGCCCGGCAUGGUGCAGAUCGUCAUCUCCAGCGGUGGCACGGGGGCCCUGGCACAGUGGGUGCUGCUGGAGCUGCAGGGCGAGGUGGAGCCCCGGCAGAGCGGGGAGCUGGCCGGGAGCCUGCUGGGAGACCUGCACUACACCUGUGAGGGCGUCCCCGUGCUCAUCGUGGGCCACCACAUCCUCUACGGGAAGGUGGUGCAGCUGGAGAAGCCGUUUGCUGUGCUGGUGAAGCAGGGAGGAGCCUCCCAGCCCAGCCCCCUGGGGCCCCACGGCCACUACACCGUUACUGCCCUCAUCAAAACCAAGCUGCUCUUCAAAACCCGCCCCAAGCCCAUCAUCACCCACGUGCCCAAGAAGGUCUGAGGGGAAGGAUGUGGGCUCUGAACUGUGAUCUGCUGCUGGAAGGAGCAGCAGGGACUUGGGGAGAUCCAGGACCUCAUUCCUCUCCUGCACAGGGGACUCUGGCACUGCUGCGUCCUGUGUCUGGGCACCCAGAGCCCUUCCUGGGUCACUUGUCCCCCCCAAAAUGACUCUUUUCAGAGCUCAACCAAGCUCUUGGCCACAGACCCUAUAGAUCACUGCAGGGGACAUGGCUCCUGGUAGGUAGGGACUUCUGUGAGCCUGGGCAGGGGUGUCCCACCCAGGGGCUGCCCAUGGUGUCCAGCAGGUCCCAGGGAUCCACUGUGGUCCCAGGGAUCCAUGGAGGUGCCAUUGUGGAGAUGUCUCCUUCUACCCCCUCCCUGCAGCUGUAGGACACCAGUGCCACGCAGGGAUUCAGGACCAGCCUCCCUCGAGUUGGGCAGGGGGUUCAGGGACCCUCCCCAAAACACAGCAUGUGUCCUCACUUCAAGUCUUUAUUUCCACAACUCCGUCAAGAUAUAAAAACCAGCCUUUUCCACCCGAAAUAUGGAAAAAAAUUCCCCUGGCAGGUUCAAAAAUAAAUAGAUUUACAAACCAUCUGCGACAAUACCAAAGAGCUACAAAAGUCUUCUAAAAAACCUUGUAUUA